AUUUUUUGUGCGUCUGCUUGUGUGUGUGUGUGUGUGUAUAUAUAUAUUUUGCUUUUAUUUUAUUGUUUUCUUUUACUCUUCUUACUAUUCUUAACUUCUUUUCGUAUUUGACAUGUCUUUGAUAACCAGAACUCUCUCGAGCCGUCUCAACAGAUUCGCUCUGUACGAGUGCACAGCAGACCUGUCUCAUCUCAGUCCUCAUGAACACGUCGCGAUCAAAAAACUUAUUAAAGCAGGACAGCUAAUCAACCAAGUCUAUCUCCGUCAGGCCUGGUCCGGAAACGAGGCUCUCCAAAAGAAACUCGAGGACAAUGGAAAUCAAGAACUAUGGACUCUAUUUGAAAUCUACAAAGGACCUUGGGCUUGUGAAGACGAUGAUACACCUUUUAUUGAAGGCGUACCCAAGAGACCCGAGGGUGCCAAUUUCUAUCCAGAAGACAUGACCAAAGCAGAGUUUGAGUCCUGGAUAAACACACUGUCCGAAACAGAAAAGGCUCAGGCCAAGAGCUUCUACACCGUAGUCAAAAGACAAGGCUCUACUCUCAAGAGCGUGCCAUAUAGUGAGGAAUACGCUGAUCUUCUGGGCCCUGCAGCAGCUUACAUGCGUGAGGCUGCUGAUGAAUUGAGUUUGGUACAGCACGCCGAGGAACCCGGGACACGCUUGGAGGAUUUCUUGCGCUCGCGUGCGGAUGCCUUUGUCUCAAAUGACUAUCUCCAAUCCGAGUUAGAUUGGCUGCGUCUGGGAAAAACCAACAGGCUCGAGGUGACAGCCGGACCUUAUGAGGUCUAUUCGGACUCUCUCUUCAGCUACAAGAGUGCAUUCGAGUUCUAUGUCCAUGUGCGCGAUGAGGCUUCUUCGGUUCUGUUGGAGAAAUUCUCGGAUCUUCAAUUCGUUGAGGAUCGCCUGCCUGUACCUCCACAGUAUCGCAACACUGAGUUGAUAGCUGCUCCUAUUGUUGUUGUAAACCAGUUAUUUGGUGGUGGUGAUGUGGCCGUGCCAAUGACAGCAGCAUAUAACUUACCUAACGACGAAGUGGCUAUCAAGAAGGGCGGAAGCAAACUUGUAUUGAUUAAGAAUGUUCAAGAAGGAAAAUUUGUCAAUGUACUUUUGCCAAUUGCCAGUCAAGCUCUUGCCCACGACCAAAUGGAGUAUCUUACUAGCGAUGCCUUUACUACCCACAUCUUACUUCAUGAAGUGUGCCAUUCUAAUGGACCCCAUCACACACUUUCUGGUGCUACUGUCCGCUCACAGCUGCAGGAAUUCUAUUCUGCAAUCGAAGAAGCCAAGGCUGAUAUCGCUGGUCUAUUCGCCGCUGCUUUACUGGUAAACCAUGGUACAAUUGACAAUGUAACUUGUCAACAAUUCUGGGUUACCUUUUUGGCGUCAGCUUUCCGUAGCAUUAGAUUUGGUAUUCAGGAAGCACAUGGAUUAGGACAGGCUUGUCAAUUCAACUAUCUUUAUGAAAAGGGUGGUUUCACCUGUGAUGAGAGCACUGGCCGUUUCCGUGUUGAUUUUGACAAAAUCGAACAAGCAGUAUCCGAUCUGACGCGCGACAUUCUUAUUCUCCAGGGAGACGGUAACAAACACAUUGUGGCUUCAUUUGUCAAGAGAUAUGGUGUGAUUGAUCCCAAUACAAAGCUGAUCCUGGAUCGUAUUGAGCAAGCCGGUAUUCCUGUGGAUGUACGACCAUUUUACCCUGCUGAAGAGUAUUAGGAUUAUAUGAUAGUCUUGUUAAAUAUUUUUAACUAUAAAAAUAAUAUCGACAGUAGGAAAAGAAGAGAAGAAGAAUAAAGUAAAUGAUAUAAAGACUUUAUUUUAUUUUUUGGUUUCUAUCAUAUUUAUUUUAUUAUUUUUAUUAUAAUUAUUUUGUGAAUAAACACACACACACACAUAUAUAUAUAAAUACAAAUACAAAU